AUGACCGAGGCCCCACCCCUGGCGCUAGCCAGGUUCCUCUCGGAAGUCUGGGAGACCCUGCACGCUGCUCUAAGGCGCUUCGUGCUCAAGCGGACGAGGGAGGACGAUGAUGGUCCACCACGUAACCGCACUAAUACCAAUCUACCGUCCAUGUGCCCCCCGGCUUUCAUGGACAUCCUCGCAGUUGUGCGGAACUUGUACCCUGUACCUUAUAGAGGCCAGCUAGAGGCCACCUGGACUGCUGCGGCUGCUGCUAGCGGCUGUUCUUUUACUGUUUCCCCUGUUUAUAAAGCUCGUCCCAACUACCACUGA